AUCUUUACUAAUCCACCAUACUCAACAACCGUACAGAAAAUGGCCGGACCUACUUUGCAUCCAGCUAAGGGAAACACCUUGGCCGACUUGGCUGCCAACAUCAAGAUCGCCGUUGCCGGCGCUAUUUCCAAGACCGUAUUGGCCGAUGCGGCUGAGAGUGACUCAAACUUGUCUUACCAAGAUGCUAAGCUUGGGUUUGAACUUGUUGAAGCUAAUGCCAUCGUUCGUUACUUGACAGGUGACUUCUCUGCCAGCAAGGUUAUUGCUUUAGAAGAAACCACCGCCUACAAGACUCUUAAGGCCAACAAGCCUGUGGAAGACACUGCUUCCCUUAUUGGUGGGUUCACCACUCCAGACGUUAAAUCUGCCGAACAAAUCAUUGCCUUUUCCGCUGUCUACCCAACAUUGAAGGGCUCCUCAGAAGACUCCUCCUCUUGGUUUGGUGCCUUCUCGAAAGUCCCAGAGGUCACUGCUGCCAUCACUACCGCUCUUGCCGUCACCAAGAUUGAAAGAACUAAGGAAACCAACACUGGUGCUAAAAACGUUGAAACUGGUCAUCUUGUCAAGAAGCAAGCAGACCAAAUCUUGCCAAAGGACAACGAAAGAAACAUUUUGAUCACCUCUGCCCUUCCUUAUGUUAACAACGUUCCUCAUUUGGGUAACAUUGUUGGAUCUGUAUUGUCUGCUGACAUUUACGCCAGAUACGCCAAGAACAGAAACUAUAACGCUCUCUUUGUCUGUGGUACCGACGAAUAUGGUACUGCCACAGAAACCAAGGCGUUGGAAGAAAAAGUCACUCCAAAGGAAUUGUGUGACAAGUACUACAAGAUUCAUAAGGAAGUUUAUGAAUGGUUUAACAUCGGGUUUGACCACUUUGGUAGAACUACCACCGAUGAACAAACAGAAAUCGCUCAAGACAUCUUUUUGAAGUUGAACGAAAAUGGUUACUUGGAAGAACAAACCACCCCUCAAUUAUACUGUGAAGAACACAAGGCUUACUUGGCCGACAGAUAUGUUGAAGGUACUUGUCCAUUGUGUGGAUACGAAGACGCAAGAGGUGAUCAAUGUGACAAGUGUGGUAAGUUAUUGAACCCGUUCGAAUUGAUCAACCCUAGAUGUAAGUUGGAUAACUCUGUCCCAGUGACCAAGGAUUCCACUAACAUUUACCUUAAACUUGAAGACUUACAAGAAGAAUUAUCCAAAUGGGUCGACGAAAGCUCCACCAAGGGUAAGUGGUCCAAGAACUCCAAGACCAUCACCAACUCAUGGUUGAAGGAAGGUCUUCAACCUAGAUGUAUUACCCGUGACUUGAAAUGGGGUACUCCAGUUCCAUUGGAAAAAUACAGUAACAAGGUUUUGUACGUGUGGUUUGACGCUCCAAUUGGUUAUGUUUCCAUCACUGCCAACUACUUCAAAGAAAAGGGCAACAAGGAAUGGACCAAAUGGUGGAAGAACCCAGAAAACGUUGAUUUGUACCAAUUCAUGGGUAAGGAUAACACUCCAUUCCAUUGUGUUGUUUUCCCAUCUACCCAAAUUGGUACCAAGGAAAACUGGACUAAGUUGCAUCACAUUAACACCACCGAGUACUUGCAAUACGAGGGUGGUAAGUUCUCCAAGUCUAGAGGUGUUGGUGUCUUUGGUAACAAUGCCAAGGAAACUGGUGUUCUGCCAUCUGUAUGGAGAUACUACUUGUCUUCCAUCAGACCAGAAACCUCUGAUUCUCAAUUCUCUUGGAAUGAAUUUGUCACUAAGAACAAUUCUGAAUUAUUGGCCAACUUGGGUAACUUUGUUAAUAGACUUGUUAAGUUUGUUAAUGUCAAAUAUAACGGUGUUGUACCAAAAUUUGACCCUAAGAACGUUCCUAACUACAGUUCCUUUGAAUCUGAUGUCAAUGAAUUACUCAAGUCUUACAUCGACAGCAUGGAAGCCGUCAGCUUGCGUCGUGGUUUAGAACUUGCCAUGGCCAUCUCUUCCCGUGGUAACCAAUUCUUACAAGACAACAAAUUAGAUAACACUUUGUACUCUGACUUCCCUGAAAAGUCCGAUGCUGUUGUCAGUGUUGGUUUGAAUCUUAUCUACCUUCUUUCCGCCAUUAUUUGGCCAUUUAUGCCAGAAACUGGUGACAAGAUUGAUGAGAUCUUGAACGCUCCUGCCUUAUCUAUCACUGACAAGUUUGAACUUGUUUUGAAGCCUGGCCACUGUAUUGGUAAGGCUCAAUACUUGUUCACCAGAAUUGAUGAAAAGAAGAUUGAAGAAUGGCGUGGAAUGUACGGAGGACAACAAAAGAAGUAA